CACAGUCAAUCCCACUAGCUUCUAUCCAUUGCACCGCAGCAGGGCAAAUCAGCGAUGUGAGGGUGGGAGCUAAUCCUCUUUUCUUUGAUCUUCUUCUGAAAGUAGAACUAGCGUUUGUUGGAGAUGAGCUCGCUGACAAUUUUGGUCGGGGCUGUCACUCCCAGAACGCUUAGCUCCAAAGACAUAUCACUAGAUAAAUGUCUAACAACGAAACAAGUUUCCAAAUUUACUUACGUCCAUACCCCGAAAAUCAAUUUUCCUCAUCAAGAACUGGAAGCGAAGGAAAACCCAGCUUCUUUCGGCAGAAGAGAAGCAAUUGGUUGUGGAUUCCUGCUCGGCCUUGGCAAGGUUCUUCUACAACCACUGCCUGCAGCUGCUGAAGUCACACCAUGUGAAUUCACAACAGCUCCUUCGGGCCUUGCAUUCUGCGAUAAAGUUGUCGGGUCAGGCCCUGAGGCUGAGAAAGGACAGCUAAUCAAGGCACAUUAUGUUGGAAAAUUAGAGAGCGGAAAGGUGUUCGACAGCAGCUACAAUCGGGGGAAACCGUUAACCUUUCGAAUUGGGGUCGGGGAGGUUAUAAAAGGUUGGGAUGAAGGUAUUCUUGGGGGCGAUGGAGUUCCAGCGAUGCUUCCGGGAGGGAAGCGCGUGCUAAAGCUUCCUCCAGAACUCGGGUAUGGUGCAAGAGGUGCUGGAUGCAGAGGAGGGUCAUGUAUCAUUCCUCCUAACUCUGUUCUCUUAUUUGAUGUGGAGUUCAUUGGGAAGGCAUGACAUCAAACACAGCUUCGACCCGCUUUCGGAUCCAUAUCCAUCCCAUAUAUCCUUCUUUCUAAUUUAUUUACAGUUACUGUCACAAUAUUCUUAUAGCUUAUACAUACUUGCUGCUUUUUCUCGGCCUCCACUUUUGAAUUCUAAUUGUCAAUGUAGUUUUUGCACUUCUCAAGUUUCACCUCUCAUUUCUCCUUCCUGGUAGUGGUUCUUUUUUCUGAUCCUUUUGGACGUGUAGUAAUCCUCCCCACCCACAUCGACUCCCCUUUUCCUUUAUUUCUUAUUUCUUGUUCAUUUUUUUCUUAAUAAAACAAACUGUCUUCGGUUCAUGCUUCAA